ACGGGCCUGUGGAUGCAAUGUGGAUUGAAUCCAUGAACAGUGUCAUGGACGAUAACAAAAUCUUGACGCUAAUCAAUGGGGAUCGGAUCCCAUUAACCUCAUCGAUGAGCUUGUUUUUUGAAGUUGAGGACCUCAGGGUGGCGUCCCCGGCGACCGUCUCGCGUGCUGGUAUGAUCUUCGUUGACCAAAGUGAGAUGGGGUUUGGAUCAUUUGUGGAAUCGUGGCUUGACCGCGUGUUUGGGAGCCAGGUUGAGAUUCGAAAUUUUCAGCACGGACUUUACGAGAAGUAUGUGCCUAAAAUUCUGGAUUUCAAGGGAGCUAACUGCGAAGAACCUGUCGCCACCUCUGACUUUAAUGCUGUCAUGUCCCUUACACAACUCUAUGAGACGCUCCAUACCAAAGAGAAUGGCCUGGAUACGGCCAUGAACAUGCAGGCAUACAGCGCGUUGGCAGAGAAAUGGUUUGCAUUUGCGGUGACCUGGUCUCUCAUGGCUGCCGUGGACGAAAUUGGUCGCAAAAAGCUAGACGUGCAUUUGCGGGAUAUCGAAGCACAGUUCCCGCCCACUCAUACUGUCUACGAUUAUUAUUGCGAUCCCAAAAAAGGAGAUUUCGAAUUGUGGGAUAGCACCCUUACGGCAUGGCGUCCCCGAAAGGGGGAUCCCUUCUUCAAAAUGAUCGUGCCAACGACAGAUACUGUUCGUAAUUCAUUCCUUUUCAGCACAGUAGUAUCGUCUAGGCGCAAUUUACUGGUUGUGGGGAGCACUGGAGUUGGUAAGACAGUCCAGGUGGCGAGCCUUCUCUCCAGUUUACCGAAGGCAAACAGUAGCCUGACCAUAAACUUCUCCGCUACCACGAAAUCAAGCACCCUCCAAGGGAUCGUAGAGGGUGCGAUGGAAAAGCGCUCGAAAGAUAAGCUGGGUCCCACUGGAGGCAAGCAACUGGUCGUCUUCAUAGAUGACUUCAAUAUGCCGCAAAAGACAUCAGCCGAAUCCCCCUUCCAGCCUCCUCUUGAGCUGCUUCGGCUUUGGAUGGACUACGGAGGUUGGUACGACCGCAGCAAAUGCGCGUGGCGUUUUGUAUUAGACACGCAGCUCAUUUCGGCUAUGGCACCGCCAUCCGGUGGACGGGCGGUGAUUUGUAAUCGGACCCAAGCUCGAUUCCACCUUGUCAACGCAACGGCACCGGACGAUGCUCAACUGACAAGAAUAUUUGAGUCGAUCUUGACGCCCAAACUCCAGGAAUUUGACAACGAGAUCAAGCCUAUGGGGCGCCCCUUGGCUCUGGCUACCAUAGCACUAUAUCAGACGCCAUUACCAGUCAUCAAACUCAGUGUAGUGACGCAAUCAUUGUACUUUCAACUAGAGUCACCAGGUGACGUUGCCAAGGUGGUUCAAGGUACGCUUCAAGCAGAGAGGCAACGCUUUGACACUUCUCAAUCGAUACUGCGGCUUUGGGCACACGAGUGUAUGCGUGUGUUUGCCGAUCGCUUCCUACAAGAUAGCGCCGAUGACAUGGGAAGAUUCAUUGACAUAUUGGGUACAAAAAUGCGAGAUAAUUUCGAGGAUGCCGAGUGGAGUUCGGUCAUGGGAGAUGUUGAUGACGAGCGCUACGGUCCGAUCAUCUGCAGUUUCAUGGACGAAGGUGCGGAGACGCUCUCAUAUGAAGAGGUCAGCGACUUUGCGCAACUCAAGCAGCGCUGUGAAGAUAAGCUCGAAGACUACAACCUCGAACCUAAGCUGAUAAACAUGAAUCUCGUUCUCUUCAAGGACGCUGUGCGACAUGUUUGCAGGAUCCACCGGGUUCUGAUGAUGCCUCGCGGAAACACGAUGCUCGUGGGCGUAGGAGGUUCUGGACGCCAAUCCUUAGCACGUCUCGCGUCAUACAUUGCUGAUAUUGGCGUGUUCACAAUCGAGAUAACAAAGCAAUAUCGUCUAGCUGAAUGGCAUGAAGAUAUAAAGAGUCUUUUUGAAACAACGGGGUUGCUGAACAAAUCUACUACGUUUCUGUUCAAUGAUACACAACUCAAGGAACAGGGCUUCCUCGAAGAUAUUAAUAACAUCUUAAACUCUGGUGAGAUCCCCAAUUUGUAUGGCAAGGACGAACUUCCCGGUAUAUACGACGGGGUUCGCAAGAGGGCGGUCGACGCCGGAUCGGAGGGCACACCGGAUGAACUCUGGUCUUUUUUUGUUGAAUGCAUUCGAUCUAACCUACAUCUAGUCCUAGCGAUGUCACCCGUUGGGUCAGCGCUGCGUACAAGGUGUCGCUUCUAUCCGGGCCUCAUCAACAAUACGACGAUAAACUGGUUUCAUCGCUGGCCAGCUGAUGCGCUCAGCGCCGUUGGAACUGCAUUCCUAGUUGACAUGUCCCUGGAUUCGGAUGAAAUGCGUGUUAAAAUCUCCUCUAUCUUUUCUAUCGUCCAUAUAAGCGCUCAGGACUCGUCAGAUCAAAUGCUGGUCGAGCUCAAGCGCCACAACUAUAUCACUCCCACCCACUUUCUAGAGCUCGUGAAGGGCUAUCGCCUGAUCUUGAUGGAAAAGCGCGCUGAGCUUGGUAAUGCGAGGGACAAGUUGGCAAACGGACUCGCAAAACUCGUCGAAGCACGCGAUGGCGUGCAAGUCAUGUCGGUUGAACUAGAAAAAAAGAAGGUCGUGUGUGCACAAUCACAAAAGGAUUGCGAAAACCUUCUUGUGGAGAUUGUUUCGGAGCGACGUGUAGCUGACGAACAGCGCAAGCAGGUAGAGGCCGAUUCAGAGAGAAUAGGCCCGUCACAGAGUAAAGAAGAGAUCGAAUGCAAGGCAAUAGCGGAUGAUGCCGAGGCGGAGUUGAAUGUUGCUCUGCCGGCUCUACAGAAAGCAAUGACUGAGGUUGAGAAGCUCGAUAAGGGCGCUAUUUCUGAAGUCAAGGCAUACAAAAGCCCCCCCAAGCAGGUGGAAACAGUACUAGCUGCAGUGAUGAUUCUUUUUAGCAAGCAGACGGACUGGAACACAGCAAAAAAGGUGCUCGGUGAAGCCAAUUUCUUGCAGAGUGUCAAAAGCUACGACAAGGACAAUGUCAGCACUGCGAUCAUGAAGAAAAUUAAGGGAUAUGUUUCUCAUGCAGAUUUUAAGCCAGAGGCGGUUGGUGCGGUGUCAAAGGCCGCCGGGGCCCUUUGCACAUGGGUUCAUGCGAUAUAUAUUUAUGCUAAUGUUGCAAAAGAGGUGGCCCCCAAGCGAGCUCGGCUGAAGGGAGCACAGGAAUCGCUGGCCGGCAAACAAGCUUCGCUAAAGAAGGCCCAGGAAGAACUUGCAGAAGUGACCGCGAAGGUCAAUCGACUCAAGCAGAAAUAUGAUGACUCUGUUGGUGAAAAGAACCGACUGCGUGCAGAGGCAGAUCAAAUGCAAUUGUUGCUCGAUCGAGCAGACAAGCUUGUCAAAGGUUUGGCAGGGGAAAAUGAGCGAUGGCAAAUAAGCAUUGGCCAAUUUCAAGGAGAGAUAACUCGAUGCCUUGGUAAUUCACUCGUGGCUGCAGCAUUUUUAUCAUAUGCGGGCCCGUUCGACACACUCUACCGAUCCCGUCUUGUCUCCUGCCGGGGCAAUGGAACAUACAAGGACUCCCGGCAGAUGACUUCAGCACUGAAAACGGAGCAAGGUCAAGCCAACAAGUGGGUUCGUCGCAUGGAAGAGGCGGAGUUGCGCAUCGUUGAUCUAAAAUCCAAGGACAUGCUGCGCGAGAUUGAAAAUGGGAUUGUCUAUGGGAUGCCAGUGUUGCUCCAGGAUGUCCUAGAAGAGCUGGACCCUGCUCUCGAGCCAGUUCUUGCCAAGGCCUUGAUCAAGGUUGGCAAUCGUGAAGUGCUACGAUUGGGCGACAAAGAACUUGACUACAAUCAAGAAUACCCCAGCGUCCGAUCUCAGCCAUUUGCGCUUUCUUUAGCUCGUUGUCAAGGAACCUCCACGAAAGAGUGGGGUGGGGGACGAACCGAAGGAGUUCAAGCUGUAUAUUACGACAAAGCUGGGAAAUCCGUGCUCAAUCGGCAUUAUACGCCAGAAGUUUCGACCAAGACGACUAUAAUCAAUUUUGCGGUGAAGCAGCAGGGCCUCGAAUCUCAGCUCCUUGGCAUUGUUGUGCAAAAGGAGCAACCGGCACUUGAACGACAAAAGUCGGACCUUACCUUGCGUGUAGCGGCUGGGAAAAAAAAAUUGGUCGAUCUUGAGGACGAAAUUCUUAGACUUCUCUCUGAGACAGAAGGUAGUCUCCUCGACAAUGAAAGCCUCGUGGACACGUUGCAGCAGUCCAAGGUCACAUCUGAUGAAGUCUCCCGCCAGCUCAAGGAAGCUGAGGAGACAGAAGUGCGAAUUGAUGCCAAGCGUGAGGAAUUUCGUCCAGCUGCCAUAAGAAGCUCUAUCGCAUACUUCGUCUUGGAUGACAUGAGCCGUGUCGAUCCCAUGUACCAAUUUUCUCUUGAUGCCUAUGUCGAUCUAUUUAACCAGUCCAUGGACGCUAGUCGCAGCAAUGCCAAAAAUGUUGGCGGGGCAGAUAGAUGCAAACAGAUAAAUGCGUGGCACACUCUAGCGGUGUACCAAUACACCUGCCGUGGGCUAUUUGAACAGCAUAAGCUUUUAUUUGCAUUGCAACUCUGCCUGCGCAUCAUGACAAGUGAAAAUAAGAUCCCCAAGCAAGAAUUUGACUUCUUCUGUCAUGGCGGUGUGGUUGUCGAUCGUUCAGAACAGCGUCCGAAUCCAUGUCCUGAGUGGAUCGAUGCGGGUACGUGGGAUAACAUCACGGAACUGGACAAUAUUCCUGCAUUCAUGGGCAUCGCCUCGGCAUUUGAACAGGGGCAUCGAGAUUGGAGGGCGUGGUUCACCUCUUCGAAGCCAGAAGAGACCCCUCUCCCAGGUGACUGGGAGAAUAAAGUCACGGAGUUGCAGCGCAUGUGUAUCAUUCGCGCACUCAGGCUAGAUCGUGUAUUAUUUGGCGCCACGCGUUUUGUCAGUUUGAAUUUAGGGCCACAGUUCGCAGAUCCUCCACCGUUUGACCUGAGGGCGGUGUAUGAAUCGUCGACGCAUCGCACGCCACUUGUAUUCGUUCUGUCACCGGGCGUCGAUCCAACUGCGCAAGUGAAUGGUCUAGCUCGGGAACUGGGUAUACGCAUCGAUAUUUGCGCUCUUGGUCAAGGACAGGCGCCCGUGGCGAUGAACCUGAUCACCGCCGGUCUGAAGGAGGGCUCGUGGGUGUUUCUUGCAAACUGCCACCUCAUGCUAAGCUGGAUGCCUGAGUUGGAGAAGCGUAUCUCCGAGUACUGUGCUCUGACCGAAGAUUCACCGAAUGCACCGCACUGGGACUUUCGCCUGUGGCUCUCGGCUAGUCCUAGUCCCAAUUUCCCGAUUGCGAUCCUGCAACGAGGUAUUAAAAUGACCACUGAGCCCCCUCGUGGGCUGCGCGCCAAUAUGACCCAGCUUUAUAAUUUGGUCAGCGACGAACAAUUUGCACGAUGUCAGCAGCGCUUUAAAUACAAGAGAUUAUUGUUUUCGCUAUGUUGGUUCCACGCAAUCCUACUCGAGCGACGCAAAUUCAAGAGCCUCGGUUUCAAUGUCCCAUACGAGUUCAACGAGUCAGAUUUUAGCAUCUGCCAUGACCUUAUCAUCGUCUUUUUGGACGAGUACGCAGAUCGCACGCCGUUCCUAGACAUGGCCUCAGCCGUCUUACGUGUCCGAUUCCUCUCAGACUUACAUCUGCACCAAAAAUGCACUUAUCCCAGCCUACAUGGCCUCCUGGCCCCACAGCAGCAAGACAGUCCGUAUCUGAUACCUAAUGAUGGUGAUCUCCUUUCCUGCAAAGAGGCCAUUAAAAAUUUUCCCCAGUCUGAUGCCGCGCUUGCGUUCGGCCAGCACGCGAAUGCAGACAUUUCAUCGCAGAUUGAGGAUUCGAAUCGGCUUCUCGAGACGAUCGUAUCGCUUCAGCCGAAAACAGUAGUUGAAGGCGCGGAAACAAACGAGUGCAAAAUAUUGCGAAGCUGUCGCUCGAUGCAGGAGCAGGUCCCUCCAAUUUUCGAGCUGAAGGCCGUGCGGAAAACGAUGGACCCACGCGCAGACCCAGAACCCAUGAAGACGGUCAUAGGCCGGAGUCGAUUACAGCAUGUGCUCUAUCAGGAGGUGGAUCGGUAUAACAAUCUCCUUCUAAUGUUGCACCACUCCUUAAAAGACCUCGAGCUUGGUGUGCAGGGAUUAGUUGUCGUCACACCCGAGCUCGAGGAUGUCAUGGAGGCCUUACUCGAAUUCAAAGCUGGCUUCCUUGUCGCAAGUGCUUUCAUAGUGCCCGGUGCUUGGUCAAAGUGUUACCCCAGUCUAAAACCGCUUAGUUCGUGGAUCCGGGAUCUCGUGUCUAGGGUAGAUGCGCUUCAAAGGUGGAUUGAUGAGGCUCUUCCACGAUGCUUCUGGCUGCCUGGGUUCACAUACCCGACAGGCUUCUUGACUGCAUUGCUGCAAACCUCUGCACGGAAAAACGGAAUUGCGAUCGACACACUCAGCUGGGAGUUUCCUGUCGUGAAUACCUCAGCACCCUCGAUCACUCAACACGCAAAGGACGGGUCGUAUUGCCACGGCCUUUUCUUGGAGGGUGCACGGUGGGAUCUUGACAAUGGCUGCCUGACCGAGCCAACUCCGAUGGAGCUGUUCUGCUCCAUGCCUGUGAUACACUUCAAACCUGUUGAAAACAAGAAGAAAUCUUCCAAAGGAUUAUAUUCGUGUCCUCUCUACAUGUAUCCCCUGAGAACUGGGAGCCGAGAGCGACCAUCCUUCGUCAUUUCCUGUGACGUGAAGAGCGGCGUACAAACAUCUGAUUAUUGGACGUGUCGGGGAACUGCGAUGCUUCUCUCCACAAUCUACUGAGUACUCGGAACCGAAUCAUUCUCCUCGACGGCUUUGCCACAACGUUGCUGAUAGUGGCUUGUGCCUCUAGUAGUGUCCUUAUUUUAUCUACAGCGAGCGACGGUGGAUACAUAUCCAAUUUUAGUGAUGUUGCUCCUUCUUUUCUUUCCUACUCACUUCAAGGCUUAGCCCACUCAAGCGGUUGGAGGUGGGGAGCCUCCGAUUCCAUUAGCCCCCGGGCUAGAGUAGGGAGUCUGCCUAAUUAUUACCAUACCCUAGUCCUAGAGUCAGGGCUGAGGGUGAAGUUCCUUCAUAUUUUGGUCCCAGCUACCGGAAACUGGAGUCCUCAGACCCCGCCGACUCUGCUUGCGCCGAUACACCAGCGGAUUUUGCGAUUGACACUGCACAUACCCUCCUCCGCCCCCGCUGAGGCGCAACCCGCCUGUGGCGCUCUUGUGGCCAGGCUGGGAGUGGGCUUCCCUGAUCCACAGGGUGGGGUAGUGGUUGUGCUUAGGUCACUGCUUGGAAUCUGUUCCGUCAAUGAUCCCAACCACGAGCUGGUGAUUUUCAUCAUCCAUCCCAACGAGAAUCGAGUAGUCGACAACAUUUAUGAGAGAGAGGAACAAGGUAUCAUUGAGCACGGCGUUGUUGAAGUAAGCCUUGGCUUGGUCGUGCAGGGGCAAUGGUCGGCCUUCGGUAAACUCGACGAAAUUCUCAUCCAGAAGUACAGGCUGUAUUGGUUCAACUCUCCAGGGGACAAUUUUCCUGGUACAAUCUUCAUAUCUCCAUUAGAAUUGACUCGAGCAUAUCGUGACCUCGUGCUGCCCUUGAGGUCAAAGGCUCUGGUUCUCCAUGACGACAACUUGCUCCAUGAUCCUCUUUCCGUUCACUCUGUUAUGCGAGCCAAUCUGGUAAACACCGAGGACCUUGACAAGUAGUGUGGAAUAACGAUGAAAAAAUGCCUUGGAUAAAUAUUCAAAGUACGCAGGAGCAUACUCCAGAAACAUUUGUAGCUCGGUUCGAGUUAUC